AUGCCACCCCGUGCAGCACCUGGACAAGCUCGUGGAGGCGGUGGAGGCGGCGGCGGCAGAGGUGGUCGUGGCGGUGGAGCAGUUCACGCUCCCACUGGUCCUGCCGCUCUGCCUGAAAGCCAUGUUCAGGCCGUAGGGGUAAAACGACCUGGAUAUGGAACGGCAGGCAGAGCUGUGACCGUAUAUUCCAAUUUUUUCAAGAUAAGUCUCCCAGAGAGCGUUAUCCAUCACUACGACGUUAUCUCGCCUGAUGAGAAAGUACUUCCUGCACGCCUCAACAUGGAUUUAAUCCACCACCUUCAAACUAUCGACGCCGUCGAUGUCUUUACUCCUCGGGCCGUUUACGAUGGGCGAAAGAACCUCUUCGCCCCCAGGGAGCUGCCUUUUGGUCCGCACAACAGUCAAGAGUUUGAUGUCUGCCUCUCAGAUGAUCCUAAUCGCGGAAGCCCAGGGGAGAACACGGGAGGCCGCGGUCCUAAGGUGUACAAAAUCAGACUGACAAAAGUAGCACAGAUCAACCCUGAAGUCCUGCAACGCUUCAUUCUAGGACAGCAGUCACAUGAUAACAGUGUUUUGACCGCCUUGACGGCGUUGAAUGUUGUUGUUCGCAUGGAACCGACAAUGAAGUACCCCUUCAAUGUCCGAUCUUUCUUUACCGAUCGGGAAACUAAGGAUAUCGGUUCCGGCCUUGUCUUAUGGCGUGGAUACUUCCAGUCAGUGAGACCCGCAAUCGGGCAGCUCCUCGUCAAUGUCGACAUCUCGACUGGAACAAUGUACAAGUCUGGUGCACUGAUGGAUGUCUGUCUCGAGUUCCUUGGUAGACCUGGGCAACACGCAUUGCUCAGCCCACGAAGCGGCUUGCCCGAUCGUGAGCGAAUCCGUUUACAACGUUUUAUUUCAGGCAUCCGAGUCAAAACGACAUACGCUGGAGAAAACAGGACCCCUCGCGUUGUAAAGAAAUUGAGUAGUGCAGGCGCUGCGGACUUAAGUUUCACCUUGCGGGAUGGAACUAGUAGGACUGUGGCUCAAUAUUUCCAGACGAUCCUGAACCGUCCUUUGAGGUUCCCAAACAACCUCUGUAUCGAGGUUGGCAGCGGUGCCUUAAUUCCUUUGGAACUAUGCACGGUUCCACCGGGUCAAAUCAUGCGAAAGCAGGUUCCCCCUGAGAAAACGAAGGACGUUCUGGAAUUCGCUACAAAGCGACCUGAGCAUCGCCUUGCUAGUAUCACAAACGGUCUUUCGGUCCUCCAAUACGGCCAGUCGGAAUAUGUGCGCCAGUUCGGCAUGCACGUCGAAGAUACUACUGGACCGCUUACAGUAACAGCCCGUGUCUUGCAACCACCAAAAUUGAAGUACGGUCCGGGCAGUGCGCAGCCGACCAUUACACCAAGUAACGGCGCGUGGAAUAUGAUCGACAAGCGAUUCUUUAGACCGGCGGCUAUUGACAAGUGGAUCGUCGUAGUCUAUGAGAGGCAGCAGCGGUUCACCCCACAGGCUGCACAAGACAUGAUCGACGGCAUGCUGAGGAGUUUCAAAGACGUUGGUAUCCGUAUCACCGACGAUAAGCCGAUAGUUACUUGGCAAAAUGGUCAAGGCCGGAUUGCGGACCAACUGCGUGCUGCUGGCACUGAGUGUUUCCAAAGGACGAAGCAACGUCCACAGCUCAUUGUUGUAGUUCUUCCCGAGAACGGCAAUGACAUCUACACAGCAGUUAAACAUUUUGGGGACAUCACAGUUGGUGUUGCAACUCAAUGCCUGAAGAGUCAGAAAUGCUUCCGCGCAAAACCUCAAUAUUACGCGAAUGUCUGCCUGAAGGUCAAUGUCAAGCUGGGUGGUAUUAACACUAUCCCCGAUCCCCAGUCCGUCUCAGUACUGACCGAUCCUCGUAACCCUACCAUCGUCAUGGGUAAGCAUCAUUGUUGCUUUUCUCUAUUUUUGGAGUCAAAUAGUCCACUAGGUGCCGAUGUCAUUCAUCCUGCCCCUGGCUCUGAUGGCCGUCCUUCAUUCACGGCACUUGUUGGCAAUGUUGAUUCUGAUACUGCUAAAUACAUCGCUACAAGUCGUGUUCAAGCCUCUCGUGUCGAGAUCAUCGAAGACCUUCAAGACAUGGCGAAGCACGUUUUGAGUAUGUACAUGAAAUAUCGGCAGUUUGCGGAGAAGAAGACGGGUAAUCUUGCCCCUGCGCGUCUUAUCUUUUACAGAGAUGGUGUUUCUGAAGGACAGUUCAAGCAAGUUCUCGAUUCCGAACUUAAGUCGAUCAAAGAUGCUUGCGCAGAGCUGAAGAUCAACCCGAAGAUCACCAUCAUCGUGGUUGCCAAGCGUCACCAUGUUCGCUUCUUCCCAAGUGGCUCAGGAUCAAAUGAACAAGAUAAGAGCGGCAAUUGCCUUGCAGGCACUGUAGUUGACCAGGUCGUUGCCCACCCCACGGAGUUCGACUGGUAUCUGCAGAGCCAUGGCGGUCUGCUCGGCACGAGUCGCCCCGCGCACUACAAUGUUCUCUACGAUGAGAACGCAUUUAGUGCUGAUGGUCUUCAAUCCCUUUCUUUCGCUUUGUGUCAUGUCUAUGCACGGUCGACUCGAUCUGUUUCAAUCCCCGCGCCUGUAUACUAUGCGGAUAUCGUCUGCUCCCGCGCCAAGAAUCACUAUGACCCUCAAGGGAAUGUUGAUUUCUCUGACUCCGCGACUCAGCUCGACGCAGCCCAGGCUGAGGGCGCCUUGGAGGCGUACAAACGUGGAUUCAAGCCUUUGCAUGCCAACAUGGCAAGCUUGAUGUACUUCUCCUGAACACUUACCUUACCCGCCUGAUUACCUCAAAGCAAGACUGUCGCUGCGAAUCUUUGUUUUCUGCUCUUUCUCUUGCCGUGUAUAAUCCAGUCCCUCUGACUAGUACUGUCUCGUGACCGCGCCCCUUUUUGUAAAAAUACGUACAUUGCAAGAAUACCCUUGACACCCGCAUUGUUCGACUUAAUAUCAUGUUCGGACUGAUGUGAC